AUGGUCUGUUCAGGGGCUGCCCCAGUGCUACUCCUGGCCAUGACUCUCCCCUUGGUGGGGUCACCGCCUGCCGAAGCAUCCCAACCUGGACAGGGUCAGACUGGAGGGGAAACUGGGCAGCAACUGGACCAAGAGAAUGCAGCAGGUGACUCAAUGCUGCUCUCAGUCUAUGCUCUGCUGGGCUUGUCAAAUGAGACCUGGAGGAAGGAGCUCUCCAGGACCCUGAAUCUGCCCCCUGCCUCAGCUUCCUCCCCACCAAUAUCUCUCACUGGCCUCAGCCUCACGACAGAGUGUCGCGUCCUCCAGGAAUCCCGCCAUUGUGCCUGCCUCUCUGGGUACCAGUGGAAUGUCAGUGUCUGCUCCCAACACCCGCCCUGCGAACAGCCCCACAAACACCAGCCUUGCGACUGUCUCAUCUUCCGCCCUACUGAAGCCGGCUACUGCCAGCUGCUGCCACCGGGGUCCCCUGUCUUCUGCCUCCCCACAGUGCCCGGGACCCUGAGUCUGAACUCCUGGCUGCAGACGCCUGGUCACACACUGAACCUGACCCUCCUUGCAAACCACCAGACCACCAACCUGAGCUGGCUCCUGUGGCGCCCAGGGAGCCCCAGGCCCAUCCCCCUGCAGCAGGGCACACGCGUGUCUCUGACCUCCAGCCAGGGCCGGGCUGUCCUCAGCAUCUCCAGCAUCUCCCAGAAGUGGGCAGGCAAGUACAUGUGCUGCUUUGAGGCCCAGGGAUUCAGGUGGGAGCUGUACCAGAUGGUGAAGUUGCCCCUGCAGGCAACUGAAGUGACUCAGCUUCCAGACCAGCUCUCCAUCUCCUGCGCCACCUCCCCCGGCUUCCAGCUGAGCUGCUGCAUCCCCAGGACACACCAGGAAUACACGGCUUCCUGGAGCCCCGCCGAGGGCAGCCAAGCCUCCUUAGUCAACACGUCGGCCUCCCAAUGCCUGGUGCUGGCUCUUCAGCGCUGCCCUGCAGCUGACACCACGUACUUCUGUGUCCUGCAGAGCCCGGGACUCACCACUCUCAGGGUCCCCGUCUCUGUCACCAUCAUUCAGGAUGGCGAUAUCACCUGCCCCGAGGACUCCUCAGUUGUUGCCUGGAAUGUCACCAAAGCCGGCCAUGUGGCUCAGGCACCGUGUCCUGUGGACAGGACAGGGAUGGUGAAGAGGCCUUGUGGGCCUGAUGGGGUUUGGGGGCCCAUCCAGAACAGCUGCACAGACACAGGCCUCCUGGAAUUGCUUCAAAGAGCCUGGCUGCUACGGGGAGGCCAGGGCAAGCCUGCUGAGGAGGUGCCACCGAUCCUGGCAGAGCUGCUAGAGCACGUGGUGGUGGUGAGCUCACCCUCUGACUUAUUGGUACUGCUGGGCACCAUGAAAUCCCUGGCCAAGGUGGUGACAGACACCAGAACGCAGCUUAACCACAGUGCUCUGGAGGUUUUCCUGACAACCACAGACCAGGUCCUGGACAUGGACACCAGCUCUCUGUGGACCCCAGCCCAGGCCCAGAAGCCUUCGGCAAGCUCAAAUCUCCUGCUUGCCACAGAGACCCUGGCACGCAGCCUGGACCCACAGGAUCACCCCUUCUCCCUCAGUUUGCCAAACGUGCAGCUAGAGACUCAGCUCCUCGGACCCACAUUUCCUGGUGACUACAGAAUCACCUUCUCCACUCAGCCCCCACUGCAGGUUCGGAUCCCCAGGCACUCCCUGGCCCCACUGGGCCAUAAUGGAACCAAUGUCAGCAUUACUAGCUUGGUGCUACGAAAACUGGACCACCUGCUGCCCUCCAACUAUGGACAAGGGCUGGGGGGCUCUCUCUAUGCCACACCUGGCCUGGUCCUCUCCAUUUCCAUCACAGCAGGUGGCCAGACCUUUCACCAGGGAGAGGUUAUCAUGGACUUUGGGGGCAGAGAUGGCAUCGCCCACUGUGUCUUCUGGGAUCACACUCUCUUCCAGGGUGAGGGGGGCUGGUCUGAUGAAGGGUGCCAGGGGCAGGAAGCUGGUGUCAGCCCCACUACCCAGUGCAUCUGCAGGCACCUCACUGCCUUCUCCAUCCUUAUGUCCCGACACACUGUUCCAGAAAACCGUACCCUGAAGCUACUGAGUGAGGUGGGCUUGGGGGCCUCCAUUUUGGCACUGCUUGUGUGCCUGGCCGUGUACAGGCUGGUGUGGAGAGUCGUGGUACGGAACAAGGUUGCCUAUUUACGUCACACAGCCCUGCUCCACGUGGCGCUUUCCCUGCUGGCUGCAGACACCUGCUUCCUAGGAGCCUCACUGCUUCCUCCCAUGCCCCAAAGCCCACUCUGCCUGGCUGUUGCCUUCCUCACUCACUUUCUCUAUCUGGCUACUUUUUUCUGGAUGUUGGCCCAGGCCCUGAUGUUGGCCCACCAGCUGCUGUUUGUCUUCCAUCAACUGUCCAAGCACCGGGCACUCUCCCUGAUGGUGGUCCUUGGCUACCUGUGCCCAGUGGGGUUUGCAGGUGUCACCCUGGGCCUCUACCUGCCCCAAGGGCAGUACCUGAGGGAGGGGGCCUGCUGGUUGAAUGGGAAGGGUGGGGCACUCUACACCUUCGCGGGGCCAGUGCUGGCCAUUGUGGGCGUGAACGGGCUGGUACUCACCAUGGCUGUGCUGAAGUUGCUGAGACCUUCGCUGUCGGAGGGGCCCCAGGUGGAGACACGCCAAGCCCUUGUGGGAGUGGUCAAAGCCCUGCUCAUUCUCACACCCAUCUUCGGCCUCACCUGGGGACUGGGCCUGGCCACUCUGCUGGAAGAAGCCUCUCUAGUCCCUCAGUACAUCUUCACCGUUCUCAACACUUUCCAGGGUGUCUUCAUCUUACUUUUUGGUUGCCUCAUGGAUAAGAAGGUACAAGAGGCUUUACUCAAACGCUUCUGUUGCACCGAGCCCCCCAACUCCACCAUCUCGCGGGCUACUAAUGAAACCUACAUUCCAGAACACAGCGAAGGAAGAAAUGAAGAUGCCAGGUGA